GACGCAAAUCCCGUCCCCUUCACACUCCUCAACAUCAACCUCUCGGACUCUUCUGAAAGCUCUCGACAAUCAAAGUUUCUCUUGGUAACAAAGUUUAACGUGCACCAAAGUUAACCUAUUUCCUUACCUAUAAUUUUACAAAACCUGCGGUACACGCCCAAUUCGCCCUCUCGGCAUCCCCUUCGACUCACGCUGACUGGGCUGUUUUCUUUGUGUUUUGGGUCACAAGCCAAGACAUAGCCCUGGCAAUACGGCCCCAUCCCCAUCCUUGACAUUGACGGUCUCAUCCGUCGUCACCCUUCAAGGCCCAAUCUUGGAAUAUCGAUAAUCCAAAUUAUACCCACACGCAUCUUGGUCUAUUAUCCAUUCUUUUGGAUAAACGAAUACCUCUCCCAUCUGACCACUGGCUUCAAAUUUCAAUCGAUUUCCAGGCAAUCGUGCCAACCGAGAUUUCCUGCUCAACCCCGCCAUCCUGAGAACAGACCUCGUAACCCUUCCAUCACGACUUGACCUGUGGUUUCGGCCUCUCGUUGGCCGACUCCAACUAUGCUACAGAUGCAUGGAGGACAAAAUGAUCAUGGAGCCGAAAAUCACACUAGGGAUGAAGAACGUGGACGAGAGAAGCUGCCAAUGCCCCUCUCGUUGCCAAAGAAUCGUAGUACGGGAAAUUUGGCUGCCGCAAGAAACUCAUCAACGCAAGAUCGAAGCAGAGCACGCAUGUCUCUGGAUGCGUCCGCGGCCGCGGCGGCAGCCGCUGACCUUGAAGCUAUCGCCAGGUCUCCCAUCAUGACCGAUCACGAGCAUGGCUUAGGCCUGUCCGGCCUCCGACGAAUUAGACAAACACGCCCACCAUCCAGGAACCCUACUUUACCAGGAUCCCGAGCAUCUUCGCGAAGCCCGUCCGUUGCCGCCCUGUCUCGUUCCACUUCGAUGAGUGCGAUGGCCGCCAGCACCGGCAACUUGUCGCUCACUGGUGGUCCAUCAAAUCCCAGCUUCUCCGACGACCUUUCUCGCUUCCCCUCCGAGUCUUUGCAUUCCUUCUCGUUCGCCAAUCAGUCCGAGGACUUUUUGCACAACCGACAAAAUGCCCUCAAACGGUCCGUCGAGUUCAUGAAGGACCAUAUGGGUCUUCCUAUGAACUCGUCGCAGGCUGCUCUUGCAAGUGCCCAGGCAAGAGUAAGCGGCGAUGUUGAGACACAGAACAUGCUUGACCUACUCGCGCAGGCACAGCUAAUUAGAGCUCCAAACUUACCAAACCCCGACAACUCUUACGCCCCAGCUCCUCUGACCGGUCCCGCUGAGGUUCAGGAAAAUGUCUUUGACAAGAAUUUUGACCCUCGAGCAUCCAGCACAGACCUCAUCAGUCCUCGCCAGACAUCGCCACCACCUCGACGGUCCAGGGUUGAGACAACAAGAAGAUCCAUUCCACUCGAGCCAGCAGCCCAUGAGACUACCCAUGUUCAGGAUCAAUCAACUACAGCUUCUGCUAGUGGAGGUGGCACUUCGGGCGCGAAACCUGUACCAGUCCGUCCGACACUGAGCCUGAAGCGAACAAUGACAGACAUAACGGCCGUGUCAGCUCAAGAUAAGCUUAUAGAUACAGUUUCGCAGCCUUUCUUAACUGGUCAGCCCAUAUAUCAAGAACCAUUAAACUCUCCAUCCUUGGCUCAACUCCCCAGCGCCACAGCGACCAGUUUCCCUACUCAGUUAGGCCCUUCUGUACAUGGACACACAAAUCGCUGGGUACCCGCUGCUCAGGCGAUCUUUACAACAGAAGUCAAACCUCCAUGGACCAUUAUUGCAGCAAACGAUCUCGCCUGUCUGGUGUUUGGCGUUACAAAAGCUGAGGUGCGCAAGAUGGGUAUCUUGGAAGUUGUACAGGAGGAGAGAAGGUCAUGGUUGGAACGAAAACUCUUGAAACAAGCAGACGAUGAGCUUAAUGAAAGCCAAACGCCCUCGGGCCAAACAACACCUGCCGCUUCAGCAGCUUCGGCACUGCUUAACGGGAGAUCUGGAAUAACAGCCCAGCUCCUAAGCAAGCCAAAUUCGAGAACUCAGCCACGCAGCUACACACAAAGGCGUGCGCAGACGGUUCACAGCGGCGACCCAAGCCCCCCCAAAACCCGGGGCGGCGGGCAUAAUCAGACAAAUUCCUCGAGAGGAGUGCUGCUAUGCGGUGACGUGGUCCCCAUUCAGAAACGCAACGGUGCGACCGGUUCUGCUAGUCUAUGGGUCAAAGAGAAGAAGGUCGGCUUGAUCUGGGUUUUGGAAGAAAUUCAUGAGGACGUCGCCUACAUUACCUUGGACGAAGACGGCAUCGUUCAACAAGUCACUGGAUCUACUGCUCCCAUCUGGGGGUUCGAGUCAAUCCCUACUGGAUUUGAUAUAGCGAGACUCAUUCCACGGAUUCCCCGUCAAGGGAUUGACCCCAACACAGGAGAAAUCGACUUUGCUCAGGUUUCAAGGCGGAGAUACUUCACCUGUCCUCAUUCACCCCAAGUCAACGUGCCUUGCACAGUCGAGCAAACCCGUGGCAAGCUAGAGCUUCGUGUCUCGACGUUCCCUCACAUGGCUGGAAUUGUCGUGGUAGAGCCAGAAACCCUUAAGAUUCGAAGCUCAAACGCAGCCUUUUGCGGUGCACUUUUCGGAUUCGAAAAGGCUGAUGGCAUGUCGAUAAAUGCACUAAUCCCAGAAUUCGACAACAUCCUGGGGUCACUGAUAGAAGAGGAUGGUAUACAACUCCUCGACGGUAUGGUUGUUCCUGAACAUCGUUUCAGAAAAGCUUCUGCUUUCCUGGCCUUGAAAGAGCACAGACCUGACGCUGCAUCUGCUUUCCUCCAUCCCGCUGGAUUAAGCGCCAAACAUCGUGACGGAUCCGAUCUGAAGGUUGACGUCCAGAUGCGUGUAGUCAAGAGUGAAAAGAAGACCGUUGUGAUGAACGAGACUGUUUUCGAAGGCAGCGAUGAGGAUAACGCCACCGGAGACGAAGCCUUCGAAGUGACCCAUUCAGAAAUAGUGUAUGCUUUGUGGAUUACUUACUCUCGCCAUCUCCACGGCACUCAGCCUCAUCUCGGACUCGAAACCCCUACCCGGGCUGGAGCUUUAACCCCCCUCCACCAGCCAUCACCUGGCCAGACCCCUGCACAUACGCCUCUUGAGAUUGCUUCAGAUGACGAGGGACCUCGAAAGAAUGUGCUGAUUGCUGCAAGUUCGCUGUCCAAGCAUUUAAAGGAUGCUGCCAUGAAUGCUGCUGCUAAGAUCACGGGGCAGCAACCAAAGCCCAAGCCUGAAGAGGCCACCCCAGUUCCCAAGGUCGUUGAACCCCCCCAUAAGAAAACGAUCAACGACUAUGUGAUAUUGGAGGAAAUGGGUCAGGGUGCGUAUGGCCAAGUGAAGCUAGCCCGGCACAAACAAACUGGCAAGAAGAUUGUGCUCAAGUACGUUACCAAGCGACGCAUUCUUGUCGAUACAUGGACUAGAGACCGAAAGCUGGGCACUGUACCCUUGGAAGUCCAUGUCUUGGAGUACCUUCGCAAACCUGAGCUACUUCAUCCCAACAUCGUCGAGAUGCAAGGAUUCUUUGAGGAUGAUGUGAACUACUAUAUCGAGAUGAUCCCUCAUGGUCUGCCAGGCAUGGAUCUCUUUGACUACAUCGAACUCCGAACCAACAUGGACGAGUCUGAAUGCCGCAGCAUUUUCGUACAAGUAGCCAAUGCGAUUCACCACCUCCACACUAAGGCUCGCGUGGUGCAUCGCGACAUCAAGGAUGAAAAUGUAAUCCUUGAUGGAGAAGGCAAUAUCAAACUUAUCGACUUUGGGAGUGCUGCAUACAUCAAGAGCGGUCCUUUCGAUGUCUUCGUAGGAACAAUCGAUUACGCCGCUCCUGAAGUUCUCGCUGGCAAGCCUUAUCGGGGCACAGAGCAAGACGUUUGGGCACUGGGUAUUCUCCUCUACACCAUUAUCUACAAGGAGAAUCCAUUCUACAGUAUUGAUGAGAUCAUGGAUCGUGACCUGCGAAUACCCUAUAUUCUGAGCGAGGAGAGUAUCGACCUCAUUCGAUGCAUGCUGGAUCGAGAUGUCGCUAAACGCUACGAUAUUAACCAGGUGCUGGAGCAUCCUUGGUGCCAGGCUGCCGUUGAAGAAUGAAACCUAAUAUCAUUCGGGCCCCAUUCGAACAACACAUCGUUAUCAAGCCUUGUCAACGGAAAGGAAACGUUUCACCCGUCACUUGGUGACUCAUUUGGUUACAAUACCCCUUUGGGAAAGUCGGAGCCUUCUCAUUUCCCCUUUGUUUUAUAUGCGUUAGAGAUGAUUGACACGGAGCGACCGAACGAAGAUAGAAGAAACAUACGAUACCUACUUGGAUACUAGGUGCAAUGCUGGGAAGGACAGGCGAACACUUUUUUGGAACCUCCGGCGUGAAGGAUACAAUGGCCGGAUUCUCGAGGACCGUGGGGGUAAAUGGGACACGGAGUUGUUUUUUGGCUGUUGAUUUUGCGAAACCUGCGGAUAGAAGCGAAAGAUAAAGGAUAUAUUUUGUCCUCAACUCCAUAAGCAAUCCAAGUUAGACAUACUCGUCAUAUUCAACUGUAUAUAUAUGGCAGAUCUUAUCCAGUAUAUGAGAUGUUUGGUGAUAAUUCCCAGUUCGGUUGGCCCGGUCGACGGGCAAACCUCCUUUGACUCUAAAUGUCUAGAUCAUGAACAUCCUAACGAUAACUCAAUUCAGGGUUCGCCCUAAAGUUACAUCGACAUCGGCAUUCAGGUACAGGGCACUCAACGUGUCUGGCAAACCACUGGCGGGCGUGGUCCAGAUGCAAAACGUGUUCGCAGCGGAGACAAAACGUAGGAAAUUGACCAGCCAUCUUAGACUCGCUCUUUUCUUCUGGCUUGUCGGAACGAGGGACGCCCACAAUCUCGAGACAGACUACACAACGCGGGAGGUGUCGACCGCAGUUGGGACAACUCACACCCGCAUUGAUGCUCGUUGCGAGAAGUGGAUUUCGAGACUCGAGAGCCGAUGCUGCUUGCGCAGUAGAGGCACCUCCAAGAUGCGGCGGCUGGUUGGCAUUGUUCGCGAGUGAUGUCUCAGCGUCGCAGAAAACACAGCGGAGGGCAAUUUGGCGGGAAGGUGGUUUCAAUUUGGGGAUGCCGUCCCGUUUCGAUCGCUUCGUUGACUCGACAUCAAACUUUGUGCGCUGGAAGAAGAGUUUAUGACGCUGAAGAUGGGCCCGGUAAGUGUUGCGCCAGGCUCGACAGCGAAUGUCGUCUAUGUAUCUUGGUGCACAAAUGGACAGCACGAGGGUCGCUGUCUGAACGUCAUGAAACUUUUGGAUAUAGCGGGCAAAAAUAUCAACCAUGGGUUCUGUGAUACCUGUGAGGACGAUGCCUUCUAUAUCUCCGUCUGCUAUCGCCAAAAUGAUUUGCUCGUUGAGCCACUGUGUGAGCUGGUCAUCGUCAAAGUUGCGGAUUGCAACGUAAACUCGGUCAGAAAGGGGAAGAGAUAGCUGGCUGGCUAUAGCCGUCCAGUCACCUGUAGCAAUCAGUGAUGAUAUGGCUCGGAGGUAAGGGUCGGUUUUGGAAGCAACAGCUUCAUCAAAAUCAAGCUGUUCCUUGUUCUUGGCAGGCGUGCUGUCGCCGCUACCCAUAAGCUGUAGGGCCAAAGAUACAAACAAGAGUUCAGGGUGCGCAGUGCUGGCUUUCUUAAGGAUCUGUAUGGCUUCCUUAUGAUCCCCUGUAAAUAAAGCACGAGCAGCGGCCAUGGUAUGAAUGGUGGUGGGGUACUCAGGAUCUGCCUUUCGAUUGCGGCCUUUUGGAUCAUGCUUUUCAGAAUCACCCCAACCGCAUAUUUCGAGGCAUAGCUGACGAUG